AUGAAGCAAUAUGGCUUUGGAGCCUUGAAUUCAACUUGGGUGCACGGUACCCAGUCUGCCCCUGCGACGGUUCUCGCGUUGGCGGAGCAGGAGAGCCGCAACAACCUGACGCUCAAUGCAACCCUGAACGCCAGCCUGGGCUCGGACUCGCAGAGCGGCAUCUGGUGGCAUUGCGUUGGUGGCCAAGUUCAUCGCCAUGGCCGUUGCGAGUCCGUGCUGGUGGGUGCCACGGUGGCCCUGCACCAACAUAAUCACAACCGCUUUGUCAAUAUGUGGGGAAGUGACCUGGUUUGGACAGGACACAGAAAUUGGGACCACUUGCCAAGGGGUUGGACAUCGACCUUUUUCAGAGUUCAUCGGAAACACUAUGAGUGCCAAACACACAGAAGAAGAAUGCGACACCCUUGUCACGUGAAGGUCGGCUUCCACAACCCACGAGAGAACAGAUGGAUCCGACUGCGAAACAACCACGACAUGGAUGGCGCGCCGUGGUUUGGCAGCUGGGAGAGCUUUAAUGUCGUGGACGCUGGCGGCGGGAAG